AGGCGGGCCGCCGGGAGAGACGUUUGGGUGUCUGUGCGCCAGUGCGGCUCGGCCCCGCGGCCGCUGCACUUGGGCCGCCCCUGCCGCCCGCGCGUGCCCGGCCCUCGCUCGCGGCCCCUCCCCCACCGCCAGGGCCGGCCUGGCGCGCUCGCCGCCCGCGGAAGCUCGCUGUGCCUUUAAAGAAAGCAGACUCCUGGCCGUGACGCACUUCUGGCUGUCAGCCAGGAAGAUCGCUCCUGCCAGGCUGACUGAGAAGAAAACCAACAACUUUUCUUUUGUGUGUGGGGUUACUUUCCACUGCCCCCCCCUUCCUCCUCUCCUUUCAAGAUUUAAAUGCUAAUGGCGGAUUAAAACCUGUAGUUACGUUUGGCUUUAGGAAUCUGGUGCACCGGAGUGGCUGUCUGGUAUCACCACGAUGACGCUCCAGGCCUCCCGAGCGACUGCACUCCUUUCUUGGGUGAACAGUCUGCGUGUGGCUGGCCCCGUGGAAUCUGUGCCACAACUCCAGGAUGGCAACGUCUUUGUCAGAAUCAUUAACAGCCUCCACAGCACUGAAGAAGGGCAGCAGAUCCUGCAGCAGCCGGUGCCAGAGAGACUGGCCUUUGUGUGUAGUUUCCUGCAGAAAAACCGAAAGCAGCCUGCUUCUACAGAAUGCCUGGUGUCCCUGCAGAAGAUGAUGGAGGGGUCAGAGCUGGAACUAGCCAAGGUGACCAUGCUGCUCUUGUACCACUUCACCAUGAGCUCCCGAAGUCUCAGAGACUGGGAACAGUUUGAAUACAAGAUCCAGGCUGAGUUAGCCGUCAUUCUUAAGUUCAUGCUGGACCACGAGGAUGGGCUAAACCUUAAUGAGGAUCUAGAGAGCUUCCUGCUGAAAGUUCCCAUGCUUUCAACUCGUUCUGUCGCCUGUGAAGAGCUCUCCCCACCCAGCCACCAGGCCAAGAGGGAGGUUCGCUUCCUAGAGCUGCAGAAGGUUGCCUCCUCGUCUUCCAGUGGGAACAACUUCCUCUCAGGUUCCCCAGCCUCCCCCAUGGGCGACAUCCUGCAGACCCCACAGUUCCAGAUGAGACGGUUGAAGAAGCAGCUGGCAGAUGAGAGAAGUAAUAGGGACGAGCUGGAGCUGGAGCUGGCAGAGAACCGCAAGCUCCUCACCGAAAAGGAUGCCCAAAUUGCCGUGAUGCAGCAGCGUAUCGACCGCCUGACUCUGCUCAAUGAGAAGCAGGCAGCCAGCCCGCCAGAGCCCCAGGAGCUCGAGGAGCUGCGAGGCAAGAACGAGAGCCUCACCGUGCGGCUGCAUGAGACGCUGAAGCAAUGUCAGGACCUGAGGACCGAGAAAGGCCAGAUGGAUCGCAAGAUCAGCCAGCUUUCAGAGGAGAACGGGGACCUGUCCUUUAAGCUGCGGGAGUUUGCCAGUCACCUGCAGCAGCUACAGGGGGCCCUCAAUGAGUUGACCGAGGAACACAGCAAGGCUACCCAGGACUGGCUGGAGAAACAGACCCGCCUUGAAAAGGAGCUCAGCACAGCCCUGCAGGACAAGAAAUGCCUUGAAGAGAAGAAUGAAAUUCUUCAGGGAAAACUGUCACAGCUGGAGGAGCAUGUGGCCCAGCUGCGGGAGAACCCCCACCAGGAGAAGGGCGAGGUGCUCGGUGAUGCCCUGCAGGUAGAAACCCUGAAGCAGGAGGUGGCCUCCCUGGCCACACACAACACGCAGCUCCAGGCCAGGGUGGAGAAGCUGGAGACUGAGCAGGGCCAGCAGGAAGCACAGCUGCUCUCCGAGCGGGGCCGCUUUGAAGAAGAGAAGCAGCAGUUGGCCAGUCUGAUUGCUGACCUGCAGGGCUCCAUCUCUAACCUCAGCCAGGCCAAGGAGGAGCUGGAGCAGGCUUCCCAGGCUGAGGGGGCCCGACUGAGUGCUCAGGUGGCCUCUUUGACCUCAGAGCACACCACACUCCAGGCCACCCUCCAGCAGCGGGACCAAGAGCUGGCCACCCUGAAGCAGAAGGCCCAGAUGGAGCAGGCUCAGCUCACACAGACCCUCCAGCAGCAAGAGCAAACAGUGCAGGGCCUCCACCAGCAGGUGGAGCAGUUGAGCGGCAGCUUGAAGCAGAAGGAGCAGCAGUUGGAGGUGGCUGCCAAGGAGCAGGAGACAGCCUUGCAGGCCCACGGCCAGCAGCUGGCCAGGGCUGCCGAGGAGCGAGAGGCCUCCGCAAGGGAGCGGGAUUCAGCUCUCCAGCAGCUGGAGGCCCUGGGAAAGGAAAAGGCUGCUGAGCUGGAAGCUCUGCAACAGCAACUUCAAGCUGCUAAUGAAGCCCGUGAGGGUGCCCAGAGCUUAGCAACGCAGGCUCAGCAGGAGAAGGCAGGGCUGAGCCAAAAGGUGGAGGAGCUCGAGGCUCGCAUUGAGGCAGCUCACCGGGAGCAGUGUGAGGCCCGGGCCCAGGUGGCCGAGCUCGAGGCCCAGCUGAGAUCUGAGCACGAGAAAGCCACCGAGAGAGAAAGAGCAAUGCAGGAGAAGGAGCAGCUCCAGGAACAGCUGUGGGUGUUGAAGGAGUCCCUGAGGGUCACCCAGAGCACCCAGAGCAGCCUCGAGGAGGAGAAGCGCAGGGUUGUCGAGACCCUGGUGGAGCAGCAGCUGCAGGAGCGGAAACACUUGGAGGAGGAGAAGGCCAAGUGCCAAGGCCUGGAGGCCCAGCUGCAGCAGCUCGGGGAGAGCCACCAGGCAGAGGUGGAAGCCCUGCGGCAGGAGCUGGCGGAGACCAGGGCCUCCCAGCACAGGGCCGAGGGUGCAUGUGAGCAGCUCAGCAAGGAGGCUGCCACCUGGCGGGAGCGCUGUGAGGCCAGCCAGCGGGAGGAGGCGCAGCAUGGCGCCGUGUACCAGGAGCAGCUGGUGGCCCUGAAGGAGGAAUGCGAGAAGGCCCGCCAGGAGUUGCAGGAAGCAAAGGAGAAGGUGGCAGGUGUAGAGGCCCGCAGUGAGCUCCAGAUAAGCCAGCAGCAGAAUGAACUUGCCCAGCUACAGGCCAGCCUGGCCAGAGCCCACCAACAGGUCCAGGAGAAGGAGGUGAGGGCCCAGAAACUUGCAGACGACCUCUCCGCUCUGCAGGAGAAGAUGGCUUCCACCAGCAAGGAGGUAGCCCGCCUGGAGACCUUGGUCCGCAAGGCAGGCGAGCAGCAGGAAACGGCAACUCGAGAGCUGCUCAAGGAGUCCCCGAGGGCAGGAGACAAAGAGUCCGAGUGGCCGGAGGAGCAGCAGGGCCGGCCAUUCUGCAGCACACAGGCAGCACUGCAGGCCAUGGAGCGGGAGGCUGAGCAGAUGGGCAGUGAGCUAGAAAGGCUGCGUGCUGCGCUGAUGGAGAGCCAGGGACAGCAGCAGGAGGAACGUGGGCAGCAGGAGAGGGAGGUGGCACGGCUGACAGAGGAGCGGGGCCGGGCCCAGGCUGACCUGGCCCUGGAGAAGGCAGCCAAGGCAGAGUUGGAGAUGCGCUUGCAGAAUGCCCUGAACGAGCAGCGGGUGGAGUUUGCUGCCCUGCAGGAGGCGUUAGCCCAAGCCCGUACGGAAAGGGAAGGCAAAGACAAAGAGCUGGCCAAGCUUCGUGACCAGGAGGCAGCCCAGAGAACAGAGCUGGGGCAGCUUCAGCAGACUGUGGAGCAGCUGAAGGAGCAGCUUGCUGAGAGGGGAGAGGAGAAGCAGCAGUCUCCUGGGCCAUCCGCCAGCGAAGGCACUUCCAGCUCAGGAGCCGAGUCUGGGGCUGCUGGGAAAACAGAAGCAGCAAGUUCAGAGCUGCAGACGCUGCAGGCAGAGGUGCGCAGGCUGGAGCAACAGUGCCAGCAGCAGCAGGAUCAGGCUGAUGGGCUGGCACACAGCCUCGAGGCCGAGCGGGCCGAGCGGGCGGGGCAGGAGAAGGCCAUGGAGGCUCUGCAGGGUCUAUUGGAGGAGAAGACCCAGGAGCUGGGACACAGUCAGGGCUCCUUGGCCUCAGCCCAAAGGGAGCUGGCUGCCCUCCGUGCUCAGGCCCAAGACCACAGCAAGGCCGAGGAAGAGUGGAAGGCCCAGGUGGCUCGGGGCCGGCAGGAGGCUGAGCGGAAAAACAGCUUCAUCAGCAGCUUGGAGGAGGAAGUCUCCAUCCUGAACCGCCAGAUCCUGGAGAAAGAGGGUGAGAGCAAGGAAUUGAAGCGUCUGGUGGUAGCCGAGUCGGAGAAGAGCCAGAAGCUGGAGGAGCGGCUGCGCCUCCUCCAGGCCGAGACGGCCAGCAACAGCGCCAGGGCUGCAGAGCGCAGCUCCGCACUCCGCGAGGAGGUGCAGAGUCUCCGCGAGGAAGGCGAGAAGCAACGUGUGGCUUCAGAGAGCCUGCGCCAGGAGCUGGCCUCACAGGCCGAGCGCGCCGAGGAGCUGGGUCAGGAACUCAAGGCAUGGCAGGAGAAGUUCUUCCAGAAGGAGCAGGCCCUGUCUGCCCUGCAGCUGGAGCACACCAGCACACAGGCCCUGGUGAAUGAACUGCUGCCUGUCAAGCACCUCUGCCAGCAGCUGCAGGCCGAGCAGGCAGCUGCUGAGAAGCGCCACCGGGAGGAGCUAGAGCAGAGCAAGCAGGCAGCGGGCAGCCUGCGGGCUGAGCUGCUGCUGGUGCAGCGGGAGCUCGGCGAGCUGGGGCCCCUGCGGCAGAAGGUGGCAGAGCAGGAGCGAGCUGCCCAGCAGCUGCGGGCAGAGAAGGCCAGCUACGCCGAGCAGCUGAGCAUGCUGAAGAAGGCUCACGGCCUGCUGGCAGAGGAGAACCGGGGGCUGGGGGAGCGCGCCAACAUCGGCCGGCAAUUCCUGGAAGUGGAACUCGAUCAGGCCCGGGAGAAGUACGUGCAAGACUUAGCAGCUGUGCGUGCUGAUGCUGAGACCCGUCUGGCCGAGAUGCAGCGGGAAGCCCAGAGCACUGCCCGGGAGCUGGAGGUGAUGACUGCCAAAUAUGAGGGGGCCAAGGCCAAGGUCCUGGAGGAGAGGCAGCGGUUCCAGGAGGAGAGACAGAAACUCACUGCCCAGGUGGAGCAGCUAGAGCUAUUUCAGAGAGAGCAGACUAAGCAGGUGGAAGAACUGAGUAAGAAGCUGGCGGACUUUGACCAAACAAAUAAGAUGCAGCAACAGAAGCUGAAGGCUUUCCAGGCCCAAGGAGGUGAGAGCCAGCAGGAAGUCCAGCGCUUGCAGGUCCAGGUGACGGAGUUGCAGGCCCAGUUGAGCCAGAAGGAGCAAGCAGCUGAGCACUACAAGCUCCAGAUGGAGAGAGCCAAGACCCAUUAUGAUGCCAAGAAGCAGCAGAACCAGGAGCUGCAGGAGCAGCUGCGAGGCCUGGAGCAGCUGCAGAAGGAGAACAAGGAGCUGCGGGCCGAGGCGGAACGGCUGGGCCGGGACUUGCAGCAGGCUGGGCUCAAGACCAAGGAGGCCGAACAGACCUGCCGCCACCUCACUGCCCAAGUGCGCAGCCUGGAGGCACAGGUUGCUCAUGCAGACCAGCAGCUUCGAGACCUCGGGAAAUCCCAGGUGGCAACUGAUGUCUUAAAAAGCCGAGAGCCCCAGGCCAAACCCCCGCUAGACCUGAGCAUCGACAGCCUGGACCUGAGCUGCGAAGGAAGCCCCCUGAGUAUCACCAGCAAGCUGCCCCGCACCAAGCCAGAUGGCACCAGUGUUCCUGCAGAGCCUGCCUCGCCCAUCUCCCAGCGCCUGCCCCCCAAGGUAGAAUCCUUGGAGAGUCUCUACUUCACCCCUAUCCCUGCCCGGGGCCAGCCCCCCCUGGAGAGCAGCCUGGACUCUCUGGGGGAUGUCUUCCUGGACUCGAGCCGUAAGACCCGCUCUGCUCGCCGACGCACCACGCAAAUCAUCAACAUCACCAUGACCAAGAAGCUGGAUGUGGAGGAGCCAGACAGCGCCAAUUCGUCCUUCUAUAGCACGCAGUCAGCCCCCGCCGCCCAAGCCGGCCUGCGGGCCACCUCCUCCAGCCAGUCUCUGGCCCGCCUGGGCUCUCCCGACGAUGGCAGCGCGGCUCUGCUCGGGCUGCCUGGCUACCGGCCCACCACUCGCAGCUCUGCUCGCCGCUCUCAGGCAGGGGUGUCCAGCGGGGCUCCUCCAGGGAGGAACAGCUUCUACAUGGGCACCUGCCAGGAUGAGCCCGAGCAGCUGGACGACUGGAACCGCAUCGCCGAGCUGCAGCAACGUAACCGAGUGUGCCCCCCGCACUUGAAGACCUGCUACCCCCUGGAGUCCAGGCCGUCCCUGAGCCUGGGCACCAUCACAGAUGAGGAGAUGAAAACCGGGGAUCCCCGGGAGACCCUGCGCCGAGCCAGCAUGCAGCCCAUGCAGAUCGCUGAGGGCACCGGGAUCACCACCCGGCAGCAGCGCAAACGGGUUUCCUUGGAGACCCACCAGGGCCCUGGCACCCCUGAGUCCAAGAAGGCCACGAGCUGCUUCCCACGGCCCAUGACUCCCCGGGACCGACACGAAGGGCGCAGGCGGAGCACUGCCGAGGGCCCGAAGAAAGCGGCUCCAGCUGCUGUUAAACAGGCUGACCAGCGCCAGUCCAUGGCCUUCAGCAUCCUCAACACACCCAAGAAGCUGGGGACAAGCCUGCUGCGGAGGGGGGCCUCAAAGAAGCUCCCAGCCAAGGCCUCCCCAACCACCCGCGGGGGAACCCGCCGCUCACCGCGUAUUGCCACCACCACAGCCAGUGCUGCCAUUGCGACCACCACACCUCGGGCCAAGGGCAAGGCAAAGCACUGAAGGGCCAGUACCGGUGCGCGGCCUCACCUGUCUCCCUCCUCCUGUCCCUCUCAGUGCCUUCUCUCAGCUCCCGGGCCAACA